CCCACCCCAAGCCUAGUAGUUAGUACCAGAGUAUUCCACUCAAGCAAACUUGCGGCCUCAGCUCCUUGUGUGAACUGGCGUAAGUUUGGAAGCAGAGGAACUGCGAAGGAGACACGAACACCAGCCGACCUGCGGCCACCAGCUGCGCCACCGCCCACCCUCCACGCUCCGGGGCCCUGCAUCAGCCAUCUUCCCUCUCCGGUUACCGAGUCCGACUCUGCCCUCCGCGGCUCUGCCUCCAGCUCCAGCCCACCCCACCUCUCAUUCCUGGAUCCACCCCUGUCCAUCUCCAACUUUGGCCUGUGGAGAUGCUGGUGCUAUUCGAAACCCCGGCGGGAUUUGCCCUUUUCAAGGUAUUGAAUGAAGGAAAGCUUUCGAAAGUUGAGGAUUUAUGGAAGGAGUUUUCAACUGCAGACUCCGCUCGCAAGGUUGUGAAGCUGAAAGCCUUCUCUAAGUUCGAAAACACCUCAGAAGCAUUGUCGGCAGCUACUUUGUUGAUAGACAGUAAGCCUAGCAAAGGCCUGCGCAAGUUCUUACGCUCUCAUUGUGAAGGGGAAACUCUGGCGGUAGCCGAUUCAAAGCUCGGAAAUGCAAUUAAGGAGAAACUGCAAAUUGACUGUGUUCACAACAGCACAGUCAUGGAAUUGAUGAGAGGAUUGAGGAGUCAGUUAACCGAGCUCAUAACUGGUCUAGGUGCUCAAGAUUUGGCUCCAAUGAGUUUGGGAUUAUCUCAUAGUCUUUCAAGAUACAAGCUAAAAUUUAGCCCUGAUAAGGUGGACACAAUGAUCGUUCAGGCCAUAAGCUUGUUGGAUGAUCUUGAUAAAGAGCUAAACACUUAUGCAAUGAGAGUCCGAGAGUGGUAUGGAUGGCAUUUCCCAGAGCUUGCAAAGAUUGUUCAAGACAAUAUUCAGUAUGCUAAAACAGUCAAGUUGAUGGGUGACCGUACAAAUGCUGCAAAGCUUGACUUUUCUGAGGUACUAGCUGAAGAGGUAGAGGCAGAACUGAAAGAGGCGGCAAUGAUUUCUAUGGGAACUGAAGUCAGUGAACUUGAUCUGGUCAACAUUAAAGACCUAUGCAAUCAAGUCCUCGCUCUUUCAGAGUACAGAGCUCAGUUAUAUGAUUAUUUGAAGAGCAGGAUGAACACCAUUGCUCCGAAUCUCACCGCGCUUGUUGGAGAACUUGUUGGGGCCCGACUCAUUGCUCAUGGCGGUAGCUUGUUGAAUCUUGCAAAGCAACCUGGGAGCACUGUUCAGAUUCUUGGUGCAGAAAAGGCUCUAUUUAGGGCUCUAAAAACAAAGCAUGCAACUCCUAAGUAUGGGCUGAUAUACCAUGCAUCACUGAUUGGUCAGGCAGCACCUAAACACAAGGGUAAAAUUUCAAGGUCUCUUGCUGCCAAAACUGCAUUAGCAAUUAGGUAUGAUGCUCUUGGUGAAGGGCAAGACUGUUCUAUGGGAUUGGAGAACCGUGCAAAGCUUGAAGCAAGGUUGAGAAAUCUAGAAGGAAGAGAUUUGAGUCGUUCAGCAGGAUCUGCUAAAGGGAAGCCCAAGAUAGAGUUCUAUAAUAAAGAUCUUAAAAAAGGUUCUGGGGCGUUGAUAACUCCUGCCAAGGUUUACAAUCCUUCAACAGAUUCUGUUCUGGGGCAUGUUGACGUAGCUGAAAAGAUGGAUGCAGAAGCUGCUCAAGAAACACCUGCUAAAGAGGAGAAGAAGAAAAAGAAGAAAAAGGAAGAUGGUUCAGCAGAACCUGAAACAGAAGAUGCAAGAAAGAAAGAAAAGAAGAAGAAGAAAAAAGAGUUAGCAGAGGUUGAGCAGGUUGAGAAUAAGGAGGGUGAUAAUUCUGGAGCUGGAGAGAAGAAAAAGAAGAAGAGAAAGCAUGCGGAGGCUGAUGAAGGAACCGAGUCAACCAAGAAAGAUAAGAAGAAAAAGAAGAAGACUGUAGAUUAAACUGUCAUCUUGGUAACAUGCGCAACAUUUUGGGCAAGUUGUUUUCUACAUUUCUAUUGCAUUUUGUGAACCUAUGGCAGAAGUUGGUGAUAUAUUUUUAAUAUAUUUUUGUUAUUAGAUGUUAUGAGAUUAGUGUAGAUGGAGGAGAUGGUUGCCUUAGUUACUUGCAUUAGACGUUUGUGUUAACUGUUUAGAGGACACCAUCAGUGGAUAUUUCCCUUUUUUUUUGUGUUUUAUUUUCUCGUUUUUGUUUUAAUUCUCUUUUCAAGAGAAGUACUUUGCUAAGCAAUCUUCUUUUAUGGAAAAUUUUGUUUGUAUA